AUGGAACUCAACCGAGAACAUUUUCGCGCCAUAAUUUAUUACAACUUUCAGAGACAAUUAUCGCAACAAGAAUGCCUUGCUGAGUUACUGUCUGUUUUCGGCAACGAAGCGCCACAUCAGUCGACAAUUUCCCGUUGGUAUGGAGAAUUCACACGUGGACAGGUGACUCUUAGCGACGAUCCCAGGGUGGGUGCACCAAAAACGGCAGUCACCCAGAAAAACGUCGAUGCUGUGCGCAAACUCAUUGAAGAUAGACAUGUGACAUAUCGCGAGAUUGAGACGUCCUUGAAGAUCUCAAAGACCUCAAUUCAAAAAAUUUUACAUGAAGAAUUAGGAGUAAGAAAAUUAGUUUCUCGUUGGAUACCCCACCUGUUGACUGAAGAGCAGAAAGCAGCCGGAGUUAAUUGGUGUCAAAAAACGCUUGACUGGUUCAAUUCCGGAAACUCAAAAAAUGUGUACAGCAUUGUUAGUGGUGAUGAAUCGUGGAUUUACUGUUAUGAACCAGAAAAUAAACGACAGUCGACUGUUUGGGUGUUCCAAGGUGAAGAAAAGCCAACAAAACAAAGAACUGUUACUGCGGAUUGGUAUACCACCAUUUGUUUGCCAAAAGUCAUCACCGAGCUUCGAAAAAUCAACCUCGAAAGAAGAAUCAUCCUCCACCAAGACAAUGCAAGCUCGCACACAGCCCAAAAAACAAGGCAGUAUUUAGCGGAAGAAAACGUGGAAUUAUUGGACCAUCCUCCAUAUAGUCCCGAUCUAAGCCCUAACGAUUUCUUUACUUUCCCGAAAAUUAAAAACAGACUGCGUGGUCAAAGGUUCCAGUCACCUGAAGAAGCAGUUGACGCAUUCAAAAAUGCCGUUUUGGAUCUGUCAGCAAACGAGUGGAAUAAGUGCUUCGAAAAUUGGUUCGAGCACAUGCAGAUGUGUAUUAAUCUUCGUGGAGAAUACUUCGAAAGACAAUAAAGUCAUUUAAAACUA